AUGGCCGAGGCCGGGCAGUCCGCGGAGGGGCCGGGUCCGGGGCUGAGCCGCGUUCGGCGCGGUUGCCGGGGCUCCCCGGGACGAGGGGAGCGGCAGCGGCAGGUGGAGGCGGCGCAGCGCGCCCUGGUGGCCGUGCUGGGGCCCUACGAGCCGCUGGUCAGCCGGGUGCAGGCGGCGCUGGUGUGGGAGCGGCCGGCCAACAGCGCCCUCUGGUGUCUGGGCCUCAACGCCGCCUUCUGGUUCUUGGCGCUGACGUCGCUGCGCCUGCUGUUCCUGCUCGCUUUCAGCCUGAUGCUCGCCGUGUGCCUCGACCAGUGGAAGAACAAAAUCUGGCCCCAGAUGAAAGUGGGCCAGCCCAGCGUAUCAGACAGUGAGAGCUGGGGCUUCGUGCACCCUCAGCUGCUCAGCCUGCCCGAGCUGUGCCGCCACGUGGCCGAAGCCUGGGUCAGCGGCACCGCCUUCCUAAGGAGCCUCCUGCUCUUCAAGAGGCAGAACCCGGGCAAGUUCUGCCUGCUGAGCUGCGGGAUCCUGACGUUCCUGGCCACCCUGGGCCGCUACAUCCCCGGCCUCCUGCUCGCGUAUCUCUUCCUUGUCAGCACCCUGCUGUGGCCGCUGGCCGUGUACCACCGCCUGGGACCGCGGCUCUACUCGUGGCUGGAGCCCGCGCUGCACAGGCUGGAUUUCAGCGUCCGAGGCUACGUCAUGUCCAAGCAGAGAGAGAGGCAGCUGCGUCGGCCGGCCCUGCAUCCUGAGCACGCCCUGGGGGACAUGAGCGACAGCGAAGAAGAGCUCGCUGCCUUCUGCCCGCAGCUGGAUGACUCGGCCGUGGCCAAGGAGCUGGCCAUCACGGACUCGGAGCACUCGGAUGCUGAGGUCUCCUACACAGAAAACGGCACGUUCAACCUGUCGCGGGGCCAAACCCCGCUGACCGAGGGCUCCGAAGACCUGGAUGGUCACAGCGACCCCGAGGAAUCGUUUGCUCGCGACCUACCCGCCUUCCCGUCCGUCACCGCGGACGCCCCCGGCCUGGACGACGAGGACGACGCCAGCAUCGGUCUCCCCAGCCCUGCCGUCCGCUCCCCACCGCCAGCGCCACCGCGACCGCAGGGGGCUCGGGGCCCCUACCCGCCGGGCGAGGCCACCUUGCCCGAGCUCCUGCUGCAGGCCCUGCCGGCCGGCACCACCCUGCCCAGCCACCUGGCCAGCCUGGUCUCGCAGAGCGUCCUGCAGCUUGCCCUGGCCGGGGCCACCCAGUCCCCGGGUCCCCUGACGGGACAGGGCACGGCCGGGGACUUUCUGCCCGCCCCCGGCUCCGACCUGGACACCGACGCCGAGGGAGACGACUUCGAGCUGCUGGACCAGGCGGAGCUGAACCAGCUGGACCCGGCCGGCUCGCGGGGGCACUGACCUGGGCCGAGGGCCCCGGGCUUGCGGGGAGGUUGGGGGAGGCCGGCGGGCCUGCUCUUGCGCUCCCUCGACUCGGGGUCGGGCGGGCGUGUGGCCUGCCCCGUCCUGUCCCGCUCUGCUCACCUCAGAGUGGAGCCCCGGCCUGGCUGGGAGUCCCACCCCCCGGCAGGGCCACCGGGCCGCCAGCGUGGCUGGGAGUUCCUCCCCUCAGGCCGCCGGCGUGGCUGGGAGCUCCGUCUCCCAGGCCCGAGAAGCCCCAGGACGCCGGUACCACGCUCACCUUCCACCGGCCCAUUCCACCGCUCCGGUUGGCAGAGCCGGUAGCCAUCGGUGCUGUGCCUGUUGGGGCUGCGCCAGUGUGUUCUCCGUCCUCGUGCCUCCCCUUGCCCUGCGUAUCUGCCGGGUGGCCGGGCCUAGCGGAGACCCCUCUUCCUGCCCCUCCCACCUUCUUUUGGGCCCCUCUGCCCGGGGAAGAGCAAUACACUGGGCGGCAACGGGCAGACUGACUUGGGGCCAGGCCGCCUCGCACCUUACAUGCCUCGGGCCAGAGCCAGGCCCACUGAGCCUCCUCCUUUCCCCGAUCGUGCACCUGCGCCUUCCUCCGAGCCGGCUCCGACUGACUGGACCUGCCUCCCCGCUUCCUCCCUUUUUCUCCCUGCGGGAGGUUGUUAGGGCAGAACCCCCUGCCAACCUCGGGUCAGCGUGGCCAGAUGUGCUGGCCCCCCACCCCCUAAGCUAACGGGCAGCUGGAUGCAGGAGUGGCCUUCAGCGUCACAGCGCCUGGCCACGCUUGAACCGACUCCUUGCCGGCCGCUGCCUCCGGCUGCACCCUGAACCUUAGGGGCCAGCUUCGGUCUGGCCGGGAGCACUUGGCCGGGGCCACGUCGGAUCACCGUCUCCGAGGCGGGCAGCAAGGCCGUGCCAGAGACAGAAAGGAAACUGAGCCUCCACUCACCAGCCCCCAGCCCUGGUCGGGAAGGAAAUGGGGUUUUAAUGUCAAAAUGAGGGUGGGUCGGGGGGAGGGGACACGUUUUCUAUGCCUGCAUGAGCGAGGGUGGCUCUGGGCACCCCCACCCCGACGUGGGGGCUGGAACAUGGCAAUGGUGUGGUCUGAGUUUGGGGUGUGAUGGGGCAGGGGAGGGGGGCACCUCCUCACGGUGGGGUUGCUCCCUGAAUCUCGCCCUGCCGGGAUCAGGGUGUCAGGGAAUAAAUAUUACCAACUGAACCUU